AUGGGUAAUGAGGGAUCUGGUCAGUCAAGCAGAGUGCACACUGGGGAGGACCAGGAAUCUGGCUCGGUGGAGGCGAUGAGGGUAAUCCCAAGCCUAGGCCAGCAGGGGGUGUCAGCAUCUCGAACCACUGUGAGGAACAAGAACCAAGCAGAGGUGCAGCAUGCGUGGUGGAGCCCCAGAUCGGUAAGCUCCAUUGGUCGGGACCCUGACAGCAAGGGAUUGCGUUGCUCGGCAUGCCAGGGCUGA